GGUCUCAGGCCCCCAGGGCAGCGACAGGUCUCAGGCCCCAGGGUGGAUAGGUUCUCAGGCCACCAAGGGGAGCGACAGGUCUCAAUGCCCCAAGCAGGCGGAGCUUCUCAGGGCACCGAGUGUUCACACAGGCACGACAGUGGGCUCCGAGUCAAUUGGCAUGACCCGCUGGCACUGGCGGGCACCGCGUCAAGUGAUCUGGCAAGGCAGUGGGCUACCGAGUCAAUGGGUAUAACCGCGGGCACUGGGUCAGACAUUGGGAUCGUCUGGCUGGACAGCGGGCAUCGGGUCACCAGGCAUCAGGUCAUUUUGGCUCAACAGCGGGCACCGCGUCAUCUGACAAGACAGUGGGCACCAAGUCACCAGGCACGACAGUGGGCUCUGAGUCAAUUGGCACGACAGCGGGCACCGGGUCAUCAGGUACCAGAUUGUCUGGCUCGACAGCGGGCAUCGAGUCUACUGCCU